CUCUCGUUUCUCUCCACUUAGACCUAAAAUCUUUUGGAUUCGUCGUUUGCUCCGCAAAGUACACAAAUGGAUGAAGCUGAAGAAGUACGUGUUGGUGCCAAACAAUCGGGUGAAGUGGAUCGGAUAAGCCAUUUGCCAGACUCUUUGCUAUGUCAGGUACUCUUGUUUCUUCCGACUAAGGAUGUGGUCAAAUCUAGUGUUUUAUCUAGAAGAUGGAGAGAUCUCUGGAAAUGCGUGCCUCGAUUGGACUUGUAUGGUUUUGAUUUCCAUGAAGAAGGCUGUUAUACGGAAAGCGGCAUGGAAAAUUGCGUGAGUUUUGUCGAUAGAUUUCUGAGUUUUGUCGAUAGAUUUCUGGGUCUUCACAGUGAGUCGUGCUUGGAAAGUGUUAGGUUUAGCUUCCUUGGUGAUGGGAAUCGUGAGCCUGAUAAUGCUCUUAUCUGGCGGUGGAUGAACACUGUCCUCGACAUGAAAGUUAAACAUAUCGAGUAUAGCGAAGAUGCAAGGGAGAGUGAUGAGUCUCAGAUACCUCCAGCCAUUUACACUUGUCUGACUUUGGUAUCCUUAGAGCUCUGCGGCGUAACCAUGUCCAGUCCCGAGUUUGUUUCUUUACCUUCUCUCAGAGUUCUCGAUCUAAUUUAUGUUAUAUUCCCCGACGAUUUGGCUUUGGAAACGCUCAUCUCAGGCUGCACAGCUCUUGAAACCUUAAAUAUUGCUAGGAGUGCGGCGAGUGCCUAUGAUAAACUACUAGUCUUACGAGUCUGUUCUCAGUCUCUGUUGAGCUUCACUUAUUGUCAGGACAAGGAGGAGGAUUUUAUGGUAGAUAGAUCAGUUGUAAUUGAUGCGCCUAGGCUUAAGUUUCUGAAGCUAGAUAGUCAUCGAACUGCAAGUUUCAUAAUCAAAAAUUCCGGUUCCCUAGUUAAGGUGGAUAUCGACAUUGUGUUUAGCUUGUCUGGUGGAAGCAAUUUUGAUCCAGCUGAUCUACCAAAGAGAAAUAUGAUUCGUAAUUUUCUUGGUAGCAUCUAUCUCGUCAAAGAUGUGAUCAUCUCAUCCAGGACUCUUGAGGUCUUCUAUGACUACUCUAGAUGUGAACCACUGCCCUUAUUCUGUAACCUGUCUUCCUUGAAUGUGUUUUUCGCCCACGACAGUUGGGAAAUGUUGCCAAACUUUCUUCACAGUUGCCCAAAUCUGAAAUCUCUUGUCGUGGAUUUACCUAUUUAUCCGGACCCUGGGAGAAUCUAUAUGAUUCCUGGACCUCGGUGUGUCCUAUCAUCUCUCGAGUAUGUUCGGAUAAUGAGGCCAUUGAAUGGGGAGGAGUUGGAGACGAAACUAGUGAGUUACAUUCUGGAGAACUCACCAAUCCUCAAGAAACUGACUCUGAUUCUGAGCGCGGGAUGCGGAUUCUACAGAAAGAAAGGAAAAUCUGUCAUCUUAAAGGAACUCAUUGCUAUUCCAAGACUCUCUACCUCAUGCCGAGUGAUCGUUUCUAUCUGGGAAAUUUAGACAUUUAUCUGGUGGUAGUCAUCAGACUUUUUUUAGACUAUGAAAUUUCAAGUUUAUUCGUUUGUGUUGUGAUGAUGUGUUAGAAACCUCGUAAGAAAACCAUAUGUAUGGGUCAAAUUAGCAUCACUCCCUUUUUUUUUUUUGUACUUCUUAGUUCUUACUUCUUACCAUUCCAAAGGCUCUCUUCUACCUUUAAAAGAUGUUUCUAUUAAUGUGAACUCUAUAUUUCUUCUUUAUUUCUUGUUUUCAUGAUUA